AUGUGGAGCGGGAGCGGGAUCGGGAUCAGGAGUGGGAUCGGGAGGAGACUGAGGCGCCCGCGCUGAGCACGGCGAGGCCGGAGCCGCACCCGCAUCGCCGGGCCCUGCACGCAGCCAGCGCGGAGGCCGGGCAGGCCGCGGACGCACCAUGAAGGGUAGCCGGAUCGAGCUGGGAGAUGUGACGCCACACAACAUUAAGCAGCUGAAGAGGCUAAACCAGGUCAUUUUUCCUGUCAGCUACAAUGACAAGUUCUACAAGGAUGUACUGGAGGUUGGCGAACUAGCCAAAUUAGCCUAUUUCAAUGAUAUUGCAGUGGGAGCAGUGUGCUGUAGGGUGGAUCACUCCCAGAACCAGAAGAGACUCUACAUCAUGACACUUGGAUGCCUGGCACCCUACCGAAGGCUAGGAAUAGGAACUAAAAUGUUGAAUCAUGUCUUAAACAUCUGUGAAAAAGACGGCACUUUUGACAACAUCUAUCUGCAUGUCCAGAUCAGCAAUGAGUCCGCAAUUGACUUCUACAGAAAGUUUGGCUUUGAGAUCAUUGAGACGAAGAAAAACUACUACAAGAGGAUAGAGCCCGCAGAUGCCCAUGUGCUGCAGAAAAACCUCAAAGCCCCUUGUCUUGGCCAGAAUGCAGAUGUGCAAAAGACCGACAACUGAACAAAACCCCAGCGGACACUUUCUUGCACUUGCUUGUCGCCAAAUAAGGAAAGAGAGGCCUCUUGUUUUUUUUUUUUUAGGCUUUUUUUGUUUGUUUGUUUGUUUGUUUCUUACUCCACCGCUUCAUCUUAAUUUUUUUUUUCUUGACCUCUCUCCAACAAAAUGUAAUGCUUCUUCCAAGGAUUGUCCAAUCAUGUUUGGGGUUGGGUUUUGGUUGGUUUUGGGUUUGGUUUUUUUUUUUUUUUUUUGAGCUCUCCUUUCUGGUGGGGUUCUUUUUGAGGGGGCUUGUUUUUUGUUUUCUGUUGGGGUGGGAAAAAGUGUGCAGAUCUCUUAUAAGUUUGAGGUGUGGAGGGCUUGAGCAGGUUAUCCUGAUGACAAGUUUCCUUCAGAAUUACUCUUUCAGUAAGCAGAAUGUAAAUCCAAUGGGGGGAAAAAAGGCAAAGCAAUAUCUUGUCCUUUGACUCCUACAUUAUCGUGUUUUUUAUAACCUACAGGGUACUUUACUCUCCCCCAACCUUUGAAUGUUACUUCAGUACUUCCCACUCUUCCUCUUAAUCCCCCCUGCCUCAGAAAAGUAUAUUUAGUUCUUCCCAAUAUUUUUGAGUAUGGCUUUUUCCUCCAUCUUUUGCUGAGAAGGGUGGGCUACUUUACCAUACCUUUUCACUCUGCCUGGGCUGAUCUUUUUGAAUGCUUUUUUAAAUACUCCUCACCCAAGCUGGUGCUACACUUCUUAACUGACUGAGAGGAGAGUUUAGAGUGGUCUUUGUUUUUUCUUAUUUUCAUUUACCCAACUCCCAGCAGACUUCUACCAGAGUAAAAGCUAUAUCUGGUGCUGGCAAGAGUAACCUUGUAAAAAUAUGAAUCCUGAGGCAAGACCCUUGCUUUAAAAAUGGGUGAAAUGCUGUAGGGCUCAUUGAGAGUUAGUUUUACCUGUGGUGUUGGGAUAGUAAAAGUGACUGUGACCACCUUACCAGCUUUGAUCACAUAACCAAGCAUCUGUCUCCAGUUUGUUACAGCUACUAAACCUGUAGUGACACAUCUAGAGAUGAGGCAAGGGUUGAGGAAACCAGGCAGCAAGGCAGAGAAGGCAGACAUGAGUCUGACCCUCGUCACAUAGCUUUGCAGGGGUCUCCUGGAUUUGCUUGGGGUUGGCUUGGCUUGCUGUGUUUAUGUGCUCCUUCGGGAAGAGGUGGUGAAGAACUGCACAGUUUGUUCCUUUGAAGAUUAUUUUUCCCUUUCUCUGUUCAGUAGUAAUAAUGCAGUUCUCCUGUUGUGGGAGGGUGUUCAUGGAGCACCAGAGAAAGCAGCAUAUAUUAGAGCAUUUUAUGGGUUUGGAAAAUAGGCUGACUGUCUUCUUCCUAGUACUGUAAACUCGAGGCUACAGUGAACUGUACUAAGCUCUGCUUUGCAUCCUUUCGUGCUCCUUUCCUACGCACUGUUGCCAGCGAUUUUAUGUAUGCCAAUAUAAAUACCAACUUGAGCUUGGACUCUUCUCCAAGCACCUGGGAAAGUGCACUGAGCUGAGACAACACCAACCUGCCCCAUCCCCCAAGAAGAUGCUGAACUGCGUUCCUUUCCUGUUUGCUUUUUAAAAUUUAAAUCUGCAUCUUGAAUUCAUCCACUCUGAAAGCCUCCAACCUAUAGUGCGCAUUGCAGCACACAUCUGGUUAGUAGGUGCUGUCCAGUCAUUAGAGGGUGACUUGGGAACCAAGGAUUCUAAGAUGAGAGUUGUGGUGAGGCAAGGGAUGGCACCCCUCGUUGCACAUUGUGUGGUCUUUGAUACCCAGGGGGUGACUACGUGAGCUGCUACGGAAUUACUCCUUCUUUCCCAGAGGUAUGUAGCGUUUGUUGGAGUGCAUCUUGACUGACCUAUGCUGGAAAACAGCUACUUAAUUUACUGGGUUUGCACUAAUUGAGUCUUGGGGAUGGGCAGAUCGUUAACAACAGCCUGUCUGCGUGGCCUGAGCACCUGUGUUUGCAACAUGCGGUGGCAGACUCUGGCUAGAAAGAUGCAAACGGUUCCCUUGGCCAGAGGCAGCCUAGUUUUUGACAAAAGCUUAUUUUCAGUAGGGCUAGGACCUGCUCACAGUGGUUAUAUUGGCCGUUCCAGCAUCUUUCUAGAAGGGGGUGUAUUGAAGCACAAUUAGCUUGUCAUAUGCCAACAUAGUUUCCCUGGCCAUCUGUAGACCAAAUCAAGAGAAGUAUGUGGAGGGAGAGAGAGAUAGUAUUGUAUUUGAGGAUGUUUGUGCAGCACAGCUGUAACUCAGACCAUAGCUGCCUCUGGUGCCAAGCAAAGUGCUCUUCAUUCUUCUAGAACUAAGUGGUAAGUGUUUGGGUUGGGUAGAUGGGUGUGGGGAUAUGAACUCUUAGGAUUUGCUGUUGUCGUAGGCUUCCACAAAUCAGUGUGUUUCACAGACAGUUUUCCUUCAGGUUUAAAAACACGAGUCUGAUGUCUGAACUUACUUGGAUUAACCUUUGUUUCUGUCUCUUUUUGCUUUGGGCUGCCAUCAUUCUAUGAAUGUAUCCAUGAAAACAAUUCUUAAAGCUCCUAUUCCACAGCAGACCUGCCUCACUGUAACUUCUUAUAAAAUGUUUUGUAGGAGGUGGAAGAGAGAGUAACCACAAAUCUAGGACUCCUUUUCCCAGGCUAUUAAUCCUGGAAAACAGUUGUUGAAUCUUGAAUACAAGGUUUAUUCUGAAUCUCAGAGAAAGUUUUGUUCCCUGUACAUGGAUAAGGGCAAGUGAAGGUCAGUAGUUCUGGAUGACAAACACUUGUAUUUUAUUAGUAUAUCAACCAUGGUGAGGGAGGGAGGAGAAUGCUGUAUCUUAGUGUUGUUACCCAGAGACACUGAAAUUGUGUGAUGUAUGGGCUUACUGCAGAGAACUUCAGUGACUUUGGUUGUUGCUGCAGCAGCGCAUCCUUUUAGCUUGAAAAUAGCAGCUUAUGAACAAGUAAAUUUUUCAAAAGUUAGGAGUCUCAGUGGGGAAAAAAAACACCAGCACUUCCUGUUCUGGAUGAAGAUCUAGCAAGAAAAAUGUGGGUGACUAACAGCUCUAGAGUGUAAAUUGUGUAUAUACAAGUUAUUCCUGAAUCUCUGCAACUGGUUUUGUCCUAUGUCGGUUAAAUAUGAAGAUAUUAUCUACAAAAAGACUCCUACUAGAGGAAACCAUGGUACAGGAGAAAAAGAAUCAUCCAGAAGAGAGAUCCCUCGUUUUUUGGAGGGGGAAGGGAGAGAAUUUAUUUUGUGUAUACAGAAACUGGCUGAGUUUACAUGAUGCAGCUAAUGGUUAAACCUGCCAACUAAAUAUGACAUACUGUUACGAUUGAAACAAACUUAUGUGAUAUUUCGUUAAAUCUUGAUGGUGCCCUGUGUCUAGUAAAAAUUUGAUUUCCCCAAAUUGUUCUAUUCUUCCCCAUGUUGUAAUCCAGGGUCAGCUGCUAUGCACAAAGUCUGUGUUUUGUAAAGUGUUUGCUGACUUGGAUGUUUCUUUUGAAUCUGCAACUGCUUCCUGAUUAAUUUGGCUAAGACCACCCCUGGUCUCUUGAGUUUAAGGUUUAGUCAAAGGUAUGCUGUUAUGCAGUUUACAGAUGAAUUCUUAAUGUUACAAGUUAAGCUGCAGGGGGAGCAAAUUCUUUACAAUAAGAUGGUCCAUUUUUAAUCUAUAUCAUUGCCCUUGUUGUACAUCAGGAGCAUGUUUUUGUUUUUCUCAAACUCUUUAGAAAUACCGUUCAGAAUAAACGUGCACUAUUUGAGUUAUGUCAUUUACAACUUGUCAUGUGCAAUUUUUUUUCAGUCCAGCUGUUUCCCUCUGAAAUCAGAUACAGAAUAUUCCUCAGAUGUUUCAUAAACUGUGUAACACAGAAGAUUUCUAACACAAACUGUGUGUUGGAUUGCUGUGAUGAAUGCCAAGGGUGUCUGACAACUGAGGAGAGCGAGGUCUGUUUGUUUGUUUUCCCUGAAGUUAUGAGCCUUUCCUCAGAAAUCCUGUCCUAUGGGGUGGAGGGGAGCAUAGGAAGAGGAACUGUCCUGGAAUAUUUUUGCAUUGAUUAGUGAGCAGUCUUGAAACAAACAGACCAGGUGUCAAGAACUCUGUUUUGGUCUUUCCAGGUUAAACAAUUUAAAGUAUUCAAAUUAGCUGCUAGUUAUUACAAAUCUUGACAACAAUCUUUGAAAAACUAUGGUCUGUACUUGUAAAAGUAACUGGUCUUAAGAUGCAGCACAUACUCUUCCACAGUGACUUUUCUCAGAAAGAUCUUUAAGUAAAACUCAUCUCUCUUUUUACCUAUUCCAAUCUCUUCUGUUAAGGCCAUUUUUUUGUUUGCAGUUUCAUUCUGCUUCUCUCCUGCUUUGAAGUGCCAUAUAUGAAGUGAUGAAGUUGCACUCUGGCCCAGAUUCUGGGGAAAAAGAAAUAUUUCUCUAAAUAUUCUACAUUGUAUUCUAUUCAAUUUAAGCUCCCUUGGAAACUUCUUUCCCGGUAAUGGAGUUGCUGCAUUCAUUAAAAUAAUGUGCAAAAGCAAAGCUCAGGCUCUGAAACUUGUCUGUAGUCUUGAGCUGCUGCUACCAGGUGUCUUCCCUGACCUCUGCUGGAGGGCUGGGAAGGCACAGCUGGAGAUGAACUGCUACCAGGAGUGCAGCCUUCAUCACUCCAGCCUCACCAGCAGCUGCAGAGGCUGGAAAACUUUUGGUGUACUUAAACUGCUGCAGCUGUUCUCCAGACCACUCAGCUUUUAUUGAUCUCUGUUGUGUUUCUUUCAUUCUCUGCCCUCAGCCCAGUUACCUCUCAAACAACCUGUACAGUUUUAGACAAUUCAAUUACUUGUGUACAGGGGAACUAGCAGAUACCUCUGAUCAUUUGUGUGAACGGGCAACAAAGCUGUUCUGGUUCUACAGGGAGUUACACUCCCCUCACUGCUUUCAAAACUUGGGUAUUUACAGGGCCCCUGUAAUGAUUCGAGGUGUGCUAUUAUCUCUUUGUUACAACAGUUUGCUUUGUUACUGAUACAAUUACGUAAAGAACAAUUACCACAUCAGGAUCUAGUGAGUGAUGAGUAAGUCAAGUCAUUCCCUUCAUUUGAAAAACUGUGAUUCUUGCUUUUUUUCCCCCAGUGUGUAUAUCACCAUAUUGACCUGUGCUGGAAAUAAUUUGCUGUUACAAUGCCCAGUCACUCAGCAUUAGAAGGUUCACUUAUCACUCCUCAUUCUUAAUACUUUUUCACCUCACUAUUUCCUUUUUUAAAACAGGAAUAUAGACCCCAGCACAAAUGUUUGACUCCACUGCUGACCUUUCAUUACUGUGAAAACUGAUCUUUUACUCUAUGCCCUGUGAUUUCUGUCUUUUAAUCAGUUUGCUGUCCCUGUGAGGAUACUAUCCUCUGAUCCUGCAGUAUCUUAGAUUACUUAAAAUAUCCCUGUCCAAAAGCUCUGAAGUCCUUUUGAGUAUCUACCAAACCAAGCUGUCAGGUGAGUGUUGUGAUCUGUGUCUGGCAGUAUAACUUUCCUUUCCAUGGGGGUUCUCCAAGCCUGUUCAACCCAUCUAAUCCAGAUGCUUUGUAUGGGACAAAUGACUUGCCUUAUGCUCUUUUUCUCUUGCCCUUAAAGAGGAUCAGUUCAAAUAGAUAAUGGAAAGGUUACUCUAUCCCCCUCUCUUUAUUCUGCUUUCUUUCCUCCUCCCCAGUGCUUUAAUACUGCAAAAGCAUUCAGUUUUACUACCAUAUUGCCUGAAGGCAUUGUGGCAACAUGAGCUGAAGCUCUCUAGGCCGCAAGAAACUCCUGCACUGGGGAAAGACAUACUGAUCUGUGUUCUGAUUCCCUGUCAGCUGCUGUAUCACAUCAUACAGACUGGGGCCAGUACUGCUCACUGAAUUGAAUCCAAACCUCACUAAAGCCAAGAAUUAAAAAAA